GCGCAUUGUUGUCCUGUAGCGAUUGGUUGCGGGUCCAGAAACAGCCGUGCAGAGCCGUGCAGUGCGCAGCGGCUGAGGACCAGAACGAAGCCCAGCCGGCUGGCAGAGGCUUACACCCGGGAGCGGCACGAGAGAGGAAGAGCCGGAAGCCCCUAGCGUGCGGUUUGCGAGGGGCGAGGAGCAGGCACUCGGUGUUGGAGGCGUUGGUCGCGGAGCUCGCGCUGGCGCCCCCGCCCUCUGGGUCUGGCUGACUUCGGGGUUGGCGCAGGUGGGCCAGGCCGAGCACCAGGCUGAGCACCGCGCUUCUCCCCGUUCCCACGAAGGCUCGCUCUCCGGGCAAGGGGGCGGGACCGUUCUCGAAAAAUGUAAAUAGCUAAGCGAAGUCUCCACGCCGUGGCACCAGCCAAGGUCCCAGCGCCGCCACAGGGUGUUUUACAUGAAAAUGAGAAGCCUGAAGGGAUCCGGGCUGGACUCCCGGCAGUUAGGUGAUUAGCAUUAGAUUGGGCGGCUGUCGGUUUCCUGCCCUUGGAUAGCACCCAGCCCCGGCGUCCCGAGGAGCCCGGGCUCCCGUCGCCGCCCGGGCCCGCGAGUAGCUACGUGCCCGCGGAGGGCCCGGCGUGUCGGCGCGCACGCCCACCCACCCACUCGUCCGCACCCACGCACGCCUCCCGGAGCCCGGGAGCGAGCAGAGAGUGACGCGGCGCCGCAGUCGCCAGGACGCCUCGGCUCUUCCUGGAUUCCGCAGGAGCCCACCCUGCCGCAGCCGCGGUCUGCAGAGUCUGCCGCGGUCCCCGCGCCCUCGUCCCCCGCCGGAGCCUGUGUAAUGAAGACGGCCUCCCGGAGCCUGCAGGGGGGGCAGCGCCAGCUUGCGCCGGGGACUGCGGGGCGCGCGGCCGGAAGGCCCGAGAGAGCGCGACUCGGACGCUGUCAUCCCCGCGCCUCGCUCUGAGCCGCCCGGUGCGCUGGGGCUGCUGCCGCCCCUCGAGCUUCCCGGGCGCCUGAUCCAGGGUCAGCCCCGGAGGCCUCGGCUUCCUCAUUUGUUUGGGUCUUUUGUGCCGCGGCUCACAGUUGGCUAAGCACUCCUGCGCUGAAUCGGGCCAUUGUCUGCGCUCCCAUUGCCUUCACGCUGCAAGUCUCGGCGCCCCCGCCCGCCCGCCCCCUCCCCGCCUCCUUCGGCCCGGGAGCCUCGUAACGUGCCUUUCCCCCCCAGGAAUCUGGAAGCUAUAAGCCGAGCGGAUUGCAAAUGAAGUGUAAUGCAUUGUGGGACGUGUGUAAAAUCGGAGCCUUCGCCGUGGGGGUGUGGGGGGGCGUGGGGAGGGCCGGACCCGCCGCUGGCGGUGUAGACGCCGACGAGGAGGGGCUGGGAAAAUGUGCGCAGAGUCCGCCAGGGUCGUGCCCGCCGUAGACGGAUGAAGCAGCGCGCUGCGCCCCGGCGCUGAGGCCCCAGGAUCGGGGCAGCAGGUCGCCCUCCCCACCAUGAAGAAGACCCGGAGCACAACCUUGCGGCGAGCUUGGCCUAGCUCGGAUUUCUCGGACCGGGCCUCGGACCGCAUGAGGUCCCGCAGCGAGAAGGACUACCGCCUGCACAAGCGCUUCCCCGCGGCCUUCGCGCCCCAGGCUUCGCGGGGCUACAUGACAUCAGGUGAUGUAUCACCAAUCAGUAUGUCUCCCAUCAGUCAGUCUCAAUUCAUUCCAUUGGGGGAAAUCCUUUGCUUGGCCAUCUCAGCAAUGAACUCAGCAAGGAAACCUGUCACCCAGGAAGCACUGAUGGAACACCUGACAACGUGUUUCCCAGGUGUUCCAACCCCAAGUCAAGAAAUCUUGCGGCACACGCUGAACACGCUGGUACGGGAAAGGAAAAUCUAUCCAACUCCUGAUGGCUAUUUCAUCGUGACCCCACAGACAUAUUUCAUAACUCCUUCCCUCAUAAGAACUAGCAGUAAAUGGUACCAUUUGGAUGAGAGGAUACCUGACAGGCCUCAGUGUACCUCUCCACAACCUGGAACCAUAACACCCUCUGCCUCAGGCUGUGUCAGGGAACGGACAUUGCCCAGAAACCACUGCGACUCUUGCCACUGCUGCCGAGAAGACGUGCACAGCAUGCAUGCAUCGACUCUGCAGAGGAAACCCGCCAAGGACUGCAAAGACCCUUACUGCCCUCCUUCACUAUGCCAGGUGCCACCCACUGAAAAGAGCAAAAGUACUGUAAAUUUUUCUUAUAAGACAGAAACUCUCUCAAAACCUAAAGAUAGUGAAAAGCAGUCAAAAAAAUUUGGGCUCAAGUUAUUCCGGCUAAGUUUUAAGAAAGACAAGACCAAACAAUUAGCCAAUUUUUCUGCCCAGUUUCCUCCUGAGGAGUGGCCUCUGCGAGAUGAGGACACACCAACGACUAUCCCUCGGGAAGUAGAGAUGGAGAUCAUUCGACGUAUUAACCCCGACUUGACUGUGGAAAAUGUCAUGAGGCACACGGCGCUGAUGAAGAAACUUGAAGAAGAAAAAGCACAUAGGAGUAAAGCCGGAUCCUCUGCUCACCACAGCGGAAGAAGUAAAAAGAGUAGGACUCAUCGCAAGUCCCAUGGGAAAUCUCGGUCACACAGCAAGACAAGAGUAUCUAAAGGAGACCCUUCAGAUGCCUCACAUCUGGAAAUCCCUGGUGAAAGAGAGUAUGAUUUUUGUGACCCUCUGACCAGGGCACCCAGAGAGGGCUGCUUCAUCAUUGAACACAAAGGAGAUAACUUCAUCAUGCACAGCAACACAAACGUGAUUGAGUCCCACUUUCCUAUGACACCAGAAUGGGAUGUAUCUGGUGAAUUGGCCAAAAGGAGAACUGAGAUGCCUUUUCCAGAACCUUCCAGGGGAAGCUCCCACUCAAAAGUCCACCGAAGUCACAGCCAUACCCAGGACCGAAGGUCCAGGAAUGAGCGAUCCAACAAAGCCAAGGAGCGAUCUAGAUCAAUGGAUAACUCCAAGGGCCCCCUGGGUGCUUCUUCUCUCGGCACGCCUGAAGACCUAGCUGAAGGAUGUAGCCAAGAUGAUCAGACCCCUAGCCAGUCCUAUAUUGAUGACAGUACUUUAAGGCCUGCACAGGCUAUUGGCCACCCAAGGGCUCACAUUUCAUCCACAAGCUAUAAAGAGGUAUGUAUUCCAGAAGUAGUCAGUAGUGGCAAAGAACCUUCCAGUGCUUGUAGCCUUUUGGACCCAGGCAAGCCCCCUGAGAGUUUGCCAUCCUAUGGUGAACUCAACUCUUGCCCAACAAAAGCAGCCACAGAUGACUACUUCCAGUGCAACACCUCUAGUGAGACAGUGCUCACGGCGCCAUCACCUCUAGGGAAGAAUAAGGAGGACCAUGACACGCUGACCCUGGUGGAAGGGGUAAAAAAGCUGUCUCCAUCUGACAGACAGGUCCCCCAUUCUUCCAGGGAGCCUGUUGGGCACAAGGAGGAAUCCCCAAAAGGACCAGGCGUGGGCCCUGCCACUUCGGGUGGAGUGGCUGAAGGGAUUGCCAAUGGACGCCUGGUCCAGCACCAUGGCGCUGAGCCCAGCAGCCUGGAUAAGAGGAAAGAGAUAUUCAGCAAAGACACACUGUUCAAACCUCUUCACAGCACCUUGUCUGUAAACAGCUAUCACAAAUCAAGCCUGUCCCUCCUCAAAUCUCACCCGAAGACACCUACUGACACAAUGUCCGGCCGAUGUGAGAAACUGGAACCUUCCCUGGGGACCUCGGCUGCACAAGCCAUGCCCGCCUCCCAGCGUCAGCAAGAGUCAGGCGGGAACCAGGAAGCUUCUUUCGACUAUUACAAUGUCUCCGAUGAUGAUGACUCUGAGGAAGGGGCGAACAAAAACACGGAGGAGGAGAAAAAUAGAGAUGAUGUAGGCACCAUGCAGUGGCUACUCGAGAGGGAGAAGGAAAGAGACUUGCAGAGGAAGUUUGAGAAGAACCUCAACCUCCUUGCCCCAAAAGAGACUGACAGCAGCAGCAACCAGAGAGCCACUCACUCAGCCCGGCUGGACAGCAUGGACAGCAGCAGCAUCACUGUGGACAGUGGAUUCAACUCCCCACGUACUCGAGAGAGCCUGGCUUCCAACACAUCAAGCAUUGUUGAAAGUAACCGUCGUCAGAAUCCUGCUUUGAGUCCAGCCCACGGUGGAGCUGGUCCAGCCUUCAACUUCCGUGCAAAUACAGAUCCCCCGACCAGUGAAGCUGAGAAGCUACAGAAACCAUCCAACUGCUUGCAAGCUUCUGUUACUAGCGUGUGAUAGUCCUUCUGCCUCAGAUCUUCUGUCUCACUCGAUACAGCAAAGUUUACGACACUGGGACUGAUGUUUACAUCUUCAGAAAGACAAGCAUCUCAGGCACAGUUUUGGGAUCUACUUAAACUGUGCUGCUAAAUAGGCUAGGGCAAAAAAAAAGUCUUUAUUUCAGAGUAUUGCUUUUCACAUUUAUGGCUCUGUAGCAACUGAAUAGCAGUAGGGGUGAUAUGUAUACUUUUGCUUCACUAAUUGUAUCUGAGCACACAUAGGAAAGUCUCGACACUGUAAGUGGAGUAUGCAUUUUCAAUGUCAUGCAGUUACCAAUUCCAUUUUAAAAUGCCACAGAUACGUGUUGCUCCAGUCUGUGGUUAAAUGGGGCCACAGAACUGAUCCUUGACACUUUUAAAAAUAAUAA